CUGCUCUCAGGCAGAGAGUGGGCGGGCCCUCGACGCGCUCGGGCUCGAUUGGCCUCCCCUCGGCGGCGGUAACGGUCUGGGAGGCUGGCCCGAAUCGGCUGGGCUGGGCCGGCCGGGCGGGGCUGGGCUGCUGGUGGGAGGCGGCAGCUGAAGAUGAAGAUCCAGUUUCAGACAUGAGACUCACUGAGAAAUAACUUCAUUGAGAUCAACUUGAGUGAUUAGAUACCAAAUGCAAGAGGAAUGUGCUAUGACUGAGGCAACUCAAAUUUUCUUAUUACCAGGCUUGACUUUGGACUCUACAAAAGAAACUAUGUCUCCAGCAGCCCCUAAAACUCAGGAGUCUGUUCAAUUAUCAAACAAACUCAUGCUUGAAAAACAGCAGGAAGAAGCAGAAUGGGAAAGUAUAAAUGUGCUGUUGAUGAAUCAUGGCUUACAAUCUUUGUGCUUGGUCAAAAGACCAGAUAUUAAAGAUCUCAUCCUUUUUGACAAACAGUCAUCACAAAGGAUGAGACAGAAUUUGAAAACAUUGAUGGAAGAAACAGUUCGUCAACAGAACAUGAUACAAGAGCUUAUAGAAAACAACCAGAAACUU